GGUUUUGUAAUUUUGACAGCUAAUAUUAUCAAAUGUUUUAAAUUAGUUGAAGAAAAUAUUUAUUCAAAAUUAAAUUAAAAUGACUGACUAUCCAGAAAAUCUGAAUAUACACAUGAUUAAAAGAGAAACAUCACCAUCCACAUCGGAGGAGAGAGCCCCUCAUGAUAUAAAGGCAAGAUUAAAUUUGCAUGUUAAACGGCGACUGCAGGAUGGGCAUAGCUUGCCUGAAGAAUCUGUUGCAGCGAUUCACAGUCCUGUAAGUCACAAACUGAACAAAGAUGUUCCCGUUAAGGAAGCUCGCCAGAAGAGGCCCUACAACAAACGGACAGACAAAUCUACAAAAGUUCAUCCCACAUUGUCGGAAGCUUCCACGAGUGCAUCAAUAGCACAACGCAAAAAUAAACAAAAAUUGAAACAAGUGGUUACGGAUUCACAGGAUGAUACUACCAUGCAUGCGCUAAACAUCAACUCAGGUACUGUAAGCGCUGGUGAUGAGGAUGAAGGACACGAUAAUGAUUUCCGACCAGGUGGACGCGAAAAGGAGAAGUGCCCCGAUGUCUUGGCCAUGGUUUUAAGCAUGAAAAAAAGGGCUUUGAUGCAAGAUCCAGAAGUUCAAAGGUUUUUAGCAGAUGUUAUGGGUGUAAUAAAAACGUAGACAAUUACAAUAAGAUAACGCUAAUUACUUAUAAAAAUUAGCUUUUAGUGAUAGAAAUAUUUAUAAUAGAUUGCUUAUCAAUUGGAAUUCAAAUCUAUAUAUAAGCACAUGAAGUUCGAAAAGUGUCAAGAGAUUGAAGAAGGCGUGCAGAAGAUCGAGGCAAAAUUUCCCGUGAACAUUCCAUUAAAGAACAUGGAUAAACUUCUCACAUAUCAGUUAGUGUUGCCGAUUCAAGUAUAAUCUCAAUGAUAAGGGGCCUCCUUUUUAAAACCGAGUCCGAACAGCGUGCCGCAGUGCUACAUCUCUAUGUGGAGAGGUUUUCACAUGGCUACCAUACCACUGCCACCGUAGCGCAGAGGUUAGCAUGUCCGCCUAUGACGCUGAAAGCCUGGGUUCGUAUCCUGGCGAGACCAUCAGAGAAAAUUUUCAAUGGUGCUGGCAACAUUUGUGAGGUACUAUGCCAUGUAAAAACUUCUCUCCAAAGAGGUGUCGCACUGCGGCACGCCGUUCGGACUCGGCUAAAAAAACGGAGGCCCCUAAUCAUUGAGCUUAAAACUUGAAUCGGACUGCACUCAUUGAUAUGUGAGAAGUUUGCCUCUGUUCCUUAGUGGAAUGUUAAUGGGCAAAGUUUGCAGUUUUUACCAUACCAAAUGGUACAGUACCUAACAAAUGUCACCAGCAUUAGGAGAAAAUAACCACCGCUGAACAUUUUUUCAGAUUCAGCGUCAUAGCCCGAUACGCUAACCCCUGCGCUACGGCGCUUGAGAAUGUAUUCUAAGUUCGGCUACUAAGACAAAUGAUCUGUCAUAGGCAAUAAAAGUACAGAAUUUCACAAUA